AAUGAUAAAUUACCGUCGUCCAUUUAAGCAUCUUAAUUUAAGUAUCGAUAGUUCUAAAUGUCAUAAAAAUCUCAAUAAAUUAUCUUAUACUCUACAACCUUCUUCAAAAGUAACUGAUGAAGAACUUUUGCUCUUUGAAAAUACCUAAUUGCAGUUUUAGAUUCAUUAAAAGGAUGCAGAAUUAAAAAAGUUCAAAAUUAAAUAAAAGUAAUGUUAAGUAAAUUAAAUCUACUAAUAUAUUAGCCUAUUAUAGGUUUAAAUAUUGAUUCUACUUAACAAAAGUAAAAUUUGAAAAAACUAUAACUCUAUAUUAAAUAACUCGAAUUAGAAUUAUUGUAAAAAGGCAAAAUAAUAGAAGAUAUGAAAAAGUAGGUAAGUCUGACCAAAUUCCAAGAACUUUCAGUAACUAUAAUAUUUAUUAUAGAUUGAAGCUCUCACAUUCUAAACUGAAUGUUCAAGACUCUAAAAAAAGUUAUCAAAAAUAACUGCACUACUUAAUUAAUAGAACAAUGGAGUCAACUUAUUUGAACUUUAUGAAAAUUUACAAAUGUAAAAUUAAAAUCUUUAGAAUGCUCAUAAAAUAUAAUUAUCUGUUAUAGAUUAAUUAUAGAAUUAAUAAUAAAACUAUUAAUAAUAAAUUGAGUAAUUAGAACUACAAAAUAAACAUUUGUAAAUGGACCAUAAAAAAGUAUUGCAACUUUUAAAUUAAAAAAUAACCCCUAAGCAACAUAAAUUAUUUAACAAAACCUAAUUUUUACAAGAAAAUGAAGAAGUAGCCAAAUUAUAAUUGAAAAUUACUUAACUAUAAAAUCAAUUGAUUAAAUAUUAGGAUAAAAAAGAGAAAUACAUACAAGAGUUACUAUCAAUUAUAAUGGAUAAAGAAGAUUAAAUUUAAGCCUACGAAGCAUAAAAAACAAUAAUUAAAGAAGUCUCUAAACCUGAUUAAUAGAUAUUGGAUAAAAAAUAUUAAUAGUGUGUUUAAAACAUUAAAUCUUAAUAUUCUGUUUUAGAAGAUGUAUCUUGGGAUUUUCCUCCUUAACUUAAUAUAAUAAAAUAAGUUAGUACAAGGAAAAAAUAAAAUCCAUAAGAAUCAUAAAAAUCUUAAUUUUUAGAAUUUUUUAAUUAAAAUGAAGAAAUAUAAAGCUCAAAAAAUUUAGAUUAAUAUGAUAUGGUUCAAAAUGAAUAUAAAACUUAGAGAUUACCAAAAGUUAACUAUUUUGAAGUUGAAUUUAUUGGAAAGAAACUUAAAUGCUAAUUACAAAUAAAAAUGAUACCGCUAAGCUAUAUUGACUAGAUAUUUGAUUAGGAUGAUGAGGGAUCCUAAGAAAUGACUGUUGAAGAGUUAAUUAUUAUACUAAGUGCAGAGCCUUUUAUGAUAGGUGAAGAAAAAGAUAGAAUUCUUGUAGCUAGAUAUCUAAUAGAAGACAAUAAUUAAGAUUACUUUUAUUAUAAUUUAUUGAAUACAAAUUCUGUAUCUAUUAUUAAAAGUGUUUUUAAGUAACUCUUAGGGAAAUAUUAACUAUUUUCAAAAUCGGAAAAAUAAAAUCUUGAGUANGAAUUAUUGUAAAAAGGCAAAAUAAUAGAAGAUAUGAAAAAGUAGGUAAGUCUGACCAAAUUCCAAGAACUUUCAGUAACUAUAAUAUUUAUUAUAGAUUGAAGCUCUCACAUUCUAAACUGAAUGUUCAAGACUCUAAAAAAAGUUAUCAAAAAUAACUGCACUACUUAAUUAAUAGAACAAUGGAGUCAACUUAUUUGAACUUUAUGAAAAUUUACAAAUGUAAAAUUAAAAUCUUUAGAAUGCUCAUAAAAUAUAAUUAUCUGUUAUAGAUUAAUUAUAGAAUUAAUAAUAAAACUAUUAAUAAUAAAUUGAGUAAUUAGAACUACAAAAUAAACAUUUGUAAAUGGACCAUAAAAAAGUAUUGCAACUUUUAAAUUAAAAAAUAACCCCUAAGCAACAUAAAUUAUUUAACAAAACCUAAUUUUUACAAGAAAAUGAAGAAGUAGCCAAAUUAUAAUUGAAAAUUACUUAACUAUAAAAUCAAUUGAUUAAAUAUUAGGAUAAAAAAGAGAAAUACAUACAAGAGUUACUAUCAAUUAUAAUGGAUAAAGAAGAUUAAAUUUAAGCCUACGAAGCAUAAAAAACAAUAAUUAAAGAAGUCUCUAAACCUGAUUAAUAGAUAUUGGAUAAAAAAUAUUAAUAGUGUGUUUAAAACAUUAAAUCUUAAUAUUCUGUUUUAGAAGAUGUAUCUUGGGAUUUUCCUCCUUAACUUAAUAUAAUAAAAUAAGUUAGUACAAGGAAAAAAUAAAAUCCAUAAGAAUCAUAAAAAUCUUAAUUUUUAGAAUUUUUUAAUUAAAAUGAAGAAAUAUAAAGCUCAAAAAAUUUAGAUUAAUAUGAUAUGGUUCAAAAUGAAUAUAAAACUUAGAGAUUACCAAAAGUUAACUAUUUUGAAGUUGAAUUUAUUGGAAAGAAACUUAAAUGCUAAUUACAAAUAAAAAUGAUACCGCUAAGCUAUAUUGACUAGAUAUUUGAUUAGGAUGAUGAGGGAUCCUAAGAAAUGACUGUUGAAGAGUUAAUUAUUAUACUAAGUGCAGAGCCUUUUAUGAUAGGUGAAGAAAAAGAUAGAAUUCUUGUAGCUAGAUAUCUAAUAGAAGACAAUAAUUAAGAUUACUUUUAUUAUAAUUUAUUGAAUACAAAUUCUGUAUCUAUUAUUAAAAGUGUUUUUAAGUAACUCUUAGGGAAAUAUUAACUAUUUUCAAAAUCGGAAAAAUAAAAUCUUGAGUAGCAACUUUAAAGUAUAUUUUUGAAAAUUCAAUAUAAAUUUUGUGAUUUUCUUUAAUAGCAAAAACGAAAAAACAAUAAUUAAAAAGUGAAUGAGUGUAGUGUAAUCGAUUUUGAAACAGCUCUGAAAUCAUGUGAAAUUACCUUGCUUCCAAGACAAAUCGAAUAUAUUUAUUUUAUAAAUUUUUCUUUAUGUUCAUAAUUAGAAACUAUACGUGACUCUGAGUUGCUAGAUUAUUUUUGUAAUAUUUAAUCAUAAUGA